AUGAGGGGCCCAACUAUUCUUAAAGCUGAAGAUGAUAAGACACGACAGCUCAACAAACACAGUCUGAUGGCUUUCUCUGGAGAGGCAGGAGAUACCGUACAAUUUGCGGAGUAUAUUCAAGCGAACAUUCAACUAUAUACGAUGCGGAAUGAUACCGAACUCGGACCGAAUGCCGUUGCCAACUUUGUCCGGGGAGAACUGGCGCGCAGUCUGCGAUCUCGGAGUCCAUACACAGUCAACCUGUUGCUCGCUGGUGUCGAUGGAAUUACCCAGAAGCCUCACCUGUACUGGAUAGACUAUCUGGCUUCUUUGGCACCAGUGCCAUAUGCCGCUCAUGGUUAUGCCCAGUACUAUUGUCUCUCAACACUCGAUAAACACCACCAUCCUGAUAUUUCCCUCGAAGAAGGCUUAAAGCUUCUAGAGAUGUGCACAGACGAGCUAAAGCGUAGAUUGCCGAUUGACUACAAGGGGGUUUUGGUAAAGGUCGUGACCAAAGAUGGCGUGAGAGAAGUAGAAUUUGAUAAUGACAAGAUCGUCAAGAUCAUGAUGCCCAAGAGACAAGCUGAGUUGUCGCUGGAGGGAGAUACUGUCGCAGGUUCUCCCGCCAUUAAAAAGGCGCGUGUGGAGGACGAUUUCGAGGAAGGUGAUCCGCGCCAUGGAGCCCUUCCAUUACGACGGGCGAGCGGCCAAGAGAGAGAGGAGGACGAGCGUAAGGGGAAUGAUAUUCUAGCUGCUGCAGACCAGGAGCGUGAAGAAUUGGAAGAAGCGGCGGUGGAUAUUGGUGUUGAAUCCGAUUUCGAUGACGCCGACGACGACAGGCCUGUGAUUGCGGCUCCCAAACGCCAGAGUGCACCUAUGGAGGGCUACAGCGAUCUUUAUCUUGAUACGAUUAAUCGCGAAAUCCUCGAUUUUGACUUCGAAAAACUGUGCUCGGUUACCCUUUCGAAUAUCAAUGUAUAUGCGUGUCUCGUCUGCGGCAAAUACUUUCAAGGCAGGGGCCCGAAGUCACAUGCCUACUUUCAUGCGCUUGAAGUUGGUCACCAUGUUUUCAUCAAUAUGGGAACUAAGAAGGUGUAUGUCCUUCCGGAGGGCUAUGAAGUUAAGAAUAAGAGUUUGGAUGACAUCAAGUACGUGGUGGACCCGCACUAUAGCAAGGAAGAGGUCUCCAAGCUGGACAAAGAGGUCCACGAUGCGCUCGAUCUCGCAGGUAAUCGUUAUAGACCAGGUUUUGUUGGUAUGAACAACAUCAAAGCCAACGACUACUUGAACGUAGUUGUUCAACUUUUGGCGCACGUUUUCCCAAUUCGCAACUACUUUCUGCUACAUGAGUUCCCAACACCGGGCACACCCCAAUUAGCUCUACGUUUCAGCACGCUGGUGCGAAAACUAUGGAAUCCAAAGGCCUUUCGAUCCCAUGUGUCACCGCACGAGUUGCUACAGGAGAUUGCUCUUCGUUCAUCAAAGCGCUUUACACUGACCCAGCAGUCUGACCCGGUAGAGUUUCUGUCUUGGUUCCUAAACAACUUGCAUCUUUCUCUUGGAGGCUCUAAGAAGCCAUCCAAGACACCCACCAGUGUGGUUCAGGCCGCUUUCCAAGGUCACUUGAGGAUUGAAAGCCAAGCAAUCACCGCUCACUCAGAUACCCAAAACGCUCGCCUAGUUUUUACGGAAUCGGGCGACAUUAAAAGCCAAACCACCCCAUUUCUCAUCCUCACGCUAGAUUUGCCUCCUACUCCUCUCUUCCAAUCCGCCAAUCGGGAAUCCAUCAUUCCCCAUGUUCCUCUGACAACACUCCUAAACAAGUACAACGGCAUCACUGCUUCAGAGAAGCUGGCUCAUCGAGUCCGCCACCGUCUCCUUCAUCCUCUUCCACCUUACCUAUUAUUCCAUAUCAAGCGAUUCAGCAAAAACAGAUUUGUAUCUGAACGUAACCCGACAAUUGUCACCUUCCCGUCACCCCGCUCUCUGGACAUGUCGCCCUACGUAGAACCGAACCCGGACAUUUGGCCUCCGGGCGAACCAAUUCUCUAUGACCUCGUCGCCAACAUUAUCCUGGACCCGACUGUAGCUGUUCCUGGUGCCACCGACGAGGCAGCCGCAGAUAAGGGUGUCAAUGCAGCAUCUGGGGCAUCAUCGACCGGCGCUGGUGCGGGCAGCGAGAAGGUUUCCUGGAUGGUCCAGCUUCACGACAAGGCUAUGUCUGCAGAGAAUAAUCGACAACAUAGCGAACGCGCUGGUGAACAACAAGGGCCAGAGUGGCUUGAGAUCCAAGAUCUGUUCGUCAAGAAGGCGGAAACUGAAACCCUAUUCACCCGGGAAGGAUAUCUUAUGGUCUGGGAACGGCGAAAGGUCCCGGGCAUGAACAAUCGGAAGGGGAAGAACUCAGCAAAGUAAAUGCUAAGACAGCAUAAAUCACUUCAAAUAUAUUCCAACGCCAACAGAGUCGGUACUAGGUACUAGUGUCAGUUCUUAAUAUGUGAUAUGUAUGUAUGCUAGUUCGUUCCCAGCUCGGUGUCAUAGUACCGUUUGUAUAAUUAAGGUAAUG